GUGGAGAGCUUGAGCACUCGCCUUUUGGUGUCGUCCGUGUCCCCCCGUAACAGUAGAAUAAGCGUAUUUGUAUUGCGGGGGUGAAGGUUAGUUAAUUAAUUCUCCUUGAUAGUGAAGCUGCCCUAAGUGCUAAGUGUUCCCUUCCUCAGCCUCCUCACCUGCGGUUUUAUAAUUUCCUCUGAACCUCCUUUUGUUUAAAUGAUACAGAUACAAAUGUAUUGGGAACCACGUUAAGCCAACUGUUGUGUAAAAAUAGCAGAGCCCCUGAGAGGUCUGCAUCGUGAUUUUGGUUUGAGGAGCAUUUGGUUUGAGUACAGCUCUGCCUGAAGCUGCUAAGGGAUAAAUGUCAUGCUGCCUGUGCUUCUUGCCCUUUCCUACACGUCUGUAUUUAAAGCCAGGCUCAAAUCUGCUCAUAACUAGUGUUCAUUUGUUUGUCUGUGACUUUACCACGUUUGCCUCUAGUCUCUUGGCUCUAAACCCCUCUUUCAGCUCUGCCCUCUCCCUGUUUUAAAACACAGUACUGGCAGGCCAUGUCUUGGCGGUUGGGGUUUGUUAUCUGUUCUCAUGGACCCAGCUGCAGAUUUUUAAGAUGUUUCUGGUCCAGGUGAUCAGGCCGCUCUUUUGUUGGAAAUCACCACACCAGAACAAGCCAGAACAAUGAGUGGAAAUGAGGACGACUGGCUGGCUCUCAAACCCCAGGAACCUUCUCCAUCCCAGUGCUGCGGCAGCGGCUGCAAACCCUGCAUCUAUGAUGUGUAUGAGAAGGAGCUUGCACAAUGGGAGAGGGCCAAAGCAAAGCAAGACAAAAGCCUUCUCAUGGAAAAGAAGAAGCAGAGCAAUAAUUCAGAACUGAAUCCAGAUACAUUUACUGCAUUCAGCAUAAGCUCGGUGGAGCAGCUAACAGAGGACACCUACCAGUACAAAUUUGAAUUACCGGGAAAUAGCAGUCUGCGAUUGAGUUUAGGACAACAUAUCGUGUUAAGAGGAAUGGUGAAUGGUUUGGAGGUCCAGCGAGCCUAUACUCCGAUUAGCCCAGGGAAUGCAGAAGGUUACUUUGAAGUUUUAAUGAAAUGCUAUGAAGCUGGGCUGAUGUCACAAUACAUAAAAACAUGGAAAAAAGGAGACAUGGUCUUUUGGCGUGGGCCGUUUGGAGGGUUCCCAUAUCGACCUAAUAAGCAUGGAGAACUCCUCAUGCUGGCAUCUGGUACCGGCCUCACACCAAUGCUUCCCAUCCUCCAGUCCAUAACAGAUGAUGAAGAGGAUGAAACCUUUGUAACUCUUGUUGGCUGCUUCCGUACCUUUGACAAAAUUUAUUUGAAACCUCUUCUCCAGGAUCUGGCUCGAUACUGGAACAUCAGAAUAUUUUACGUCCUAAGCCAGGAGACUUCACUGGAAAAACUUCCUUGGAGCUAUCAGGAAAACACAUACACUGGUCGUCUCAGUGAAGACUUGAUGAAGAUGAUAGUAAAUUCCUGUCGAAGAAAGCCCUUUGUAUUAAUCUGUGGCUCUUCUGCAUUCAAUGACGAUAUGAGUAGAUAUUUGAAAGCUGCGGGAAUUGAAGAAAAUUCUUGUUUUGUCUUUUAGCAGGAUAUUCCUGACCUAAGGAAUCUUAGGCUGAGACUUGGAUGUCGUUGUUUCUCUGCAGACAUUGCUCAAAUUCAGUCAUCUGCAUAGAUUGAGUUCCUUGCCCAUAAACUUUCAUAGGCCUUUGGAUCAAAUACUUGUCUCCUGUAUAAUUCUCACUCUUGAGAGUGUUUCAAGGAUCAGGUGCCACUCCAGAGUGGCUCCUGUGAUCACCCCCGCCUCAGGGAACAGCAUGGUAAUGUUAAUGGAAGUCUUCACAUGCAAUUUUAAGAGAUCUCCUAAUGGUACUAAAAAGCAUCCAAGUGCACAGCUCUGCUGUAGUAUGAAGAUCAGUGACUUGCUUUGCAAUCCAUGUUAGUCUGCAGUGGUAUUGUGCCCUGUUAGAUGUCCAGAGGAGACAUUUAAUCCUUGAGGAGGAGACAGCGCAGCCAAAGGAAGAGCAGAGCACUGGGCCGGCACUCUGGAGUUCACGGAGUUCAUUUUGGUUGUGUCAUUGUCUUGCUGGGUGAUGCCAGGCAAGUCACGUCAACUUCUCUGUGCCUCAGUUGCCCCAUUAUAUGCUAACACAGAAAAAAAAGGUACUGUUCUCCUCUGAAAAGAGCCUUUCCAACUACAUACAGAAGGAGCUAUGCGUGGGGAUGGAAUUAUACAUGAUGCCCACUGAGGACUUAGGCAGGCAGCACAGCCUGCAUUGCCUGCCCUGAUCCUUAACCCUUGUAAUGCUGCCUGGGGCGAGAAAGAGCAAGUCCUAAAACUCUGUGUGAGAAAGCAUCUGGGGUGGAGCUGCUGUCUGCUGGGGAGGAUGGUUGUUUGCUUUACGUGUCCCCUAAGUGUUGUGUAAGAGCCCUGGUUCAUUAAAUGGAACCUCUCUUCAAAUGAACAGCUGUUUAUUUUUGUCACAG